AUGCUUCCCGUCAACAGCCGGUUUGCCUACAAGCAACUCACCGACCCUGAAGCCAUUACAUGCGUUUAUGGAUGCGGUAAUGUCGAAACCGAGCAUCAUGCCUUCCACACGUGCAAUGAAGUCUUUCCGACAUGGCAAUUUCACGCAAGAGCCUGGCGUUGGUUUGGGGUUCAUUUUGACUGGGCCACCAUCUCCAACAUUGACUCGUUCAAUGUCAGCCCGACUUGCGCUGCAAACAAACCUGCGCUGUUCAAGCUAUGGACACUGCUCACAGCAUCAGUUCUGCACACGAUCUGGACACAGCACAACGCCAUCAAGUACGACGGCAAGACACCCUGGCCACAACGCGUCUGGGAAGAAACAACUUUCAUCGGCUGGAUGGCGGCAGUACGGCGUUGGCUCCGACUUCAAGAUCCAACCGACGCACUUCGCAUCAACGUGCUUGCGCAACUGGCAAAACUCAAGCGCCAGUACCCGUACAACACACUCUGGCUCAAGUACCCCAACUGCUUGAUCCUCGAAUUUUCAGCUCCAACUCCGUAG